AUGCCACAAGCAUGCCUGCUGCGUGUCAAGCGGGACAUCGCGGAAUUCACCGCCGACCCGCCCCCAGGGAUCUUCAUUGCGCCGGAGGAAACAGACAUCACCAGCAUCAACGCCAUCGUGAUGGGCGCGUCGAACACGCCGCACGAAGGCGGAUUCUUCCACUUCUACGUGCAGUGUACCAGCGAAUAUCCGAUGAAGCCGCCGACAGUUCGCUUCAUGACGACCGAUGCGGGGCGCGUCAAAUUCAACGAACACAUCUACCUCGACGGUUCCAUCUGCCUAAGCACGAUCAACACAAACGGGUCAACGUGGAGCCCAGCCCAGUCCGUAAGCAGCCUUCUCAUUUCGAUCCAGUCGCUGCUGUCCGAGAGUUCCCGUGUUCACCGAGAAAGAGGCCGCGGACAGUUUUGA